AUGUUCCGAGCCCGGCGAUACCGGGUUCUCCUGGUGUUCGCAGCUAUCUUUGUUUUGGCCCUGGUUCAUUUUGCCGGUUCACGAGAACAAUCCUCUGCCAGUUGGCGUGCCUCGCCGCCGCCCGCCGAUCAGCGACCCGGCGCCUCAAUACCCAACCCGCCCGCCACUCCUGAGCAAGCCGCCCCUCUCUCCCCGGUCUCUCCUCCGUCCACCCAUGAAUACAAACCCGAGCAGUUCACCACUGAAGAGUCCAAGAACUCUGCACCGGAUGUCGCCGUAGAGGCGCCCCCGUCGACCUCGGCCGAACCUUCUCAACCAUCCGAGAAACCCACCACCGAGAAGGAUGGGGAGAACCGGAAAACCGCAGGACUUGGAGCACCACUCAAGGGACAAGGUAAAUUAGGUGGCGAAGCCCCCGAGGCAACAUGGACGCGCCCGCACUGGCAGAAGCUGCCCGAGCUCUUCCCCAUUCGGAGCGAGGACUUGAUCCGGUUGCCUUCGGGUCAGUCCAAGCCGCUCCCCAAACUGCAGGCGGAUUUCAAAGACGAAACCUCGGCCGAUAAGAUGACACGUCUCGAACGCUUGUCGGAGAUCAAGGCCGUCUUCGAGCGCGCCUGGACUGGAUAUAAGACGUCCGCCAUGGGACACGAUGAGAUUAAGCCCCUGCGCGGUGGAUUCCGGGACCCGUUUAACGGCUGGGGAGCGACGCUGGUGGACUCGUUGGAUACACUCUGGCUCAUGGACUUGAAAGAGGAGUUCUCGAUCGCAGUCGACUACGUGAAGACAAUUGACUUCAAUACUUCCAAGAGAGCCGAUAUCCCUCUCUUCGAAACUGUCAUUCGCUACCUGGGUGGGUUGAUCAGUGCUUAUGAUGUCUCGGGACAUAAGUAUAAUGUCCUGCUGGAGAAGGCUGUGGAACUGGCCGAGGUUCUGAUGGGUGCAUUUGACACACCCAAUCGUAUGCCUUCGCUUAUGUACAAGUAUUCUGCGUCUCACUUGACUAGACCCCAUCAUGCCGAUAAGAAGGCCAUCUUAGCUGAAAUCGGCUCGCUCUCUGUGGAAUUCACGCGCCUGGCGCAAUUGACGAAAGAGAACAAAUAUUACGAUGCUAUUGCGCGCAUCACCAACGAGCUGGAGAAGCUUCAGGACCAGACCCAGUAUCCAGGACUGUGGCCCUUGAAGCUAGACGCCUCGGGAUGCCAAAAAGGGACCAAUGGCAACACCAAGGAGAACACCAAGGCUCGCCUUGAGCAGGAAUAUGCCCGCGACCGGCUUCCUGUGACUACGAGGACUUACUCCUCCAAGCCGCAUCCGACGAAACCGGCCCCGACGGACGCGCAGAGCUAUCAGGAUUUCUUCAAAAUCCAUGAUACGCGGUCUCUACACGAAGAUGCGCAGCCCGCGGAGUAUCCUGGCGCUGUGGCGCAAGGAUCCGGUAACUCGAACGUGGCUCCACCCGAAGCGCAGUGCACGGAGGGACUGGAUACGGCCACCAUAGAUAAGGAGAAGUACAGCCUGGGAGCUCUUGCUGACUCUACUUAUGAGUACCUGCCCAAGGAGUAUAUGCUCUUGGGUGGUCUCAAUGACCAGUACCGCUCGAUGUACGAAAAGGCCAUGAACACUAUUCGGCAGCAUCUCGUCUUCCAGCCUAUGAUCAAGGGUGGCUGGGACGUUCGGUUCCUGAGUACAGCGAUUAUCCCUAAGAACAAGCCAGGUCCUACGGUCAUGGAAUACCAAGGGGAUCAUCUGUCGUGCUUUCUCGGUGGAAUGGUCGGCAUUGGAGCCAAGCUCUUCGGGUUGAAUAAUGAUAUGGAUCUGGCUAAGCAACUAACCGAUGGCUGUGUGUGGGCGUACCAGUCUACUAAGACUGGUAUCAUGCCCGAGGAAUUUUCCCUCGUUCCAUGCAAAAAGGGCCAGCCCUGCGAAUGGGACGAGUCGGUCUACCACACCGCUUUGGAUCCAGACAUGCUGGAGCGCUUCGCCAGGGCGCAGGAGCGGAAAGAGCAGAAGGAAAAGGAAGAGGCAGCGGCAGCAAUGCAGGCCGAGACUGAAGUGGCUGACUUGAAGAAGAAAAAGACCCUGCUUGGCAAGCGUGAGCGAGGCAACUGGCAUGUCAUUGGAUUGGAAGACGAGACGGCAUCGAAAGAGCCGGAGCCAGAGCAACCUCCUCAGGAGGAAGAGGAGAAGGUGCCCUCGCACGAGGAGUUCGUGGCGACACGUAUCAGUAACGAACGCCUGCCUCCGGGGGUGACGAGGCUCAUCAACCGCAAGUACCUACUGCGGCCCGAGGCCAUCGAGUCUGUCUUCAUCAUGUACCGCCUCACCGGCGACGAGUCCUGGCGAAAGAAGGGUUGGGAGAUGUUCCAGGCAGUCUCGAAGUACACUCGGACCGAGUUCGCUAAUUCGGCGAUUGACGACGUCACCGUCGCUACUCCCCAAAUGACAGACGAGAUGCAGUCGUUCUGGCUCGCCGAGACGCUGAAGUACUUUUACCUUCUCUUCAGUGAUCCCACGGUCGUCAGUCUCGACGACUAUGUACUGAACACCGAAGCGCAUCCUCUGAGGCGCCCGAACUAA